AUGGAAGCUGUCAAAAGAAGAAAAUUAGAGUUAGAGAAAAGAACUUCUUCUCAAAGAUUUGGUGGGUCAGACCAAAAUUCCGAUGGGAAUAGACCCAAUGAACCAGGUGCAGCUCAGCGUCGUAUUGCUGAGUUAAGAGAAAGAACCGCGAAACGAUUUAAUUCUUUUUCACCGCCCUCUGCUCCAUCUCAACAUACUGAGGGUGAUGUUGCAAGGGGAGGCUUACGGGUUGGCAUCCAUCCUGCCCUAUUGAAAGAUGACUCCUAUUCAUAUAACGGGAAUUCCGAAAAGCCUUCUGUACCUAACAAACCAGUACGGGAUAGUCCUAAUGUUUUACCACAGGAGCGUUCCGUUGAAAGUAAGAGGAAUCCGCUUUUAGAAGAUAUUGAAGCACCUAAAGUUGAAAACCUCCCUUAUUACGAUCCUAGAACAAAGGAAUCAAGACGUAGUCGAGCUCCUAGGGCUUUAUCUCUGAAUGCUUCUGGUAAAUAUAUUGAAGAAGCUGAACAAUUUCGACGUCAGUCUCAAUUAGAAGAGCUAAAGAAACGUGUUGCCUUGCAUUCCGAAAAGGCAGGAAUAAAUGACGAGCUUCUAGUGACCAGCAAAUCCAUACAUCGAGUUGAACCUCCUAGUGUCGAAUGGUGGGAUUUGCCCUAUGUUGUUGAUGAAUCAACUUACGGCGAUCAAUAUACUUGGAAAAUUUUUGAAAACAGUGAGACUAUAACAUCGAAUAUACAGCAUCCGAUUCCUGUUCUUCCGCCUUAUUUGAAAAACCAACCACCCUCCAAAUCUCUUUUCUUGACUAAAAAGGAACAAAAGAAAAUUCGGAGACAGACACGAGCUGAAGCUCGUAAAGAAAAACAAGAUCGCCAGUUGUUAGGAUUAGAGCCUCCAGAACCUCCAAAGGUUAAGCUUUCAAAUCUUAUGAAUGUACUAGGUGACGCGGCUAUUAAGGAUCCAACAAAAAUGGAAGCAGAGGUUAGAAAACAAGUUGAAGAGCGACGUCUUCGUCAUGAACAAAUGAAUGAAGAAAGAAAACUUGCACCGGAGGAGAGAAGGAAUAAAUUACUUAAAAAGCUGGAAGAAGAUGUUGCAAGCGGCUUGCAGUGUCUUGUUUUCAAAAUUAAAUACCUUGCACACAGACCACACCGUUUGAAAAUCGAUUUAAAUGCUAAACAACUGGGUCUUACAGGAGCAUGUAUACUAAACGACAAACUUAACUUGGUUAUCGUCGAAGGAGGAAGAAAGAAUAUUAAACAUUUUAAAAAGUUAAUGAUAAAUCGUAUAGAUUGGACAGAUACCUCAAGGAAUUCUAUAUUAGCCCAAGGAAAUAAGCUCGCUGAUAUGAAUGGAAGCACCAUACCUUAUAAUGAAAACACAUGUGAGUUAAUCUGGGAAGGUGAUCUAAGUAAACGAAACUUCUCAUAUUGGACGUUUCGAAAGUGUCCCACUGAAAAUGAAGCUCGACAAUCACUUGAACAACUAGGUAAUAGUGAGCAUUUUUGGGUUUUGGCUAAUUCGUGGAAUCGAGGAGAAGAUUUUGAUUAG